GGUAAUUGCUGAUUGGUAGUCCCUCUGUGGCUACGGAGGUUCGCCCGUGUAGAAUGCAGGUCCUCAAACUGUCCUAACCACUUUUACUUUGAAGUCGUGCUCCGCACGACGCUUGAAAUAGAUUUACUUUCUAUAGUCUAUCAACCCUUUUUUUGUGUAAGGUCUAGUACCUGAUUACUUUUACUUCUUUCUCAAGAACAAGAGGUAAGCACCAUAGAUUCCAUCCAUAAGCGUCCUUCCAUUUUUCUUUUUUCUCUGUGCAAUUCCUUCCACCUAAGUAACCGUAACCAUGAUGGGUUCAAGUGGAACAGCGAAGCCAAAGGAGCCUUCGCAGGUUGAGCCAGGCAUGAAGGGGAUGACCGACAAAAGAAAGGAGAAGCUGUUAGCCCUUCAAAAGAGAGAGCAAAUGAAGGAUGUUCUCAUUGAGAGAUUCAAGGCGAGGUACAACUCGAAUUUCUCCUUCCUAGCCGAUAGCUAAGUAACCUAUUACUAUUUAGCUGUUAGAAGAAAUAGAAACUCCUCGUCCUCCACAAACAUAAAUAAGAAAAUAUCUGUCUGUGGAGGUUUCUUUUCCUUCUAACAGUUGAGUACUUAGUUCUCCUUCAAAUAAUCACGCGUGGUAGAAGUCCUUCUCCUUGCUUGCAACAAUAGUCACCGCGUAUUUCUGCUUGCACCUCCGCCUAUUUCUGCAGCUUGCUCUACUACAACUAUCAACCACUUCUCUUUUUCUCUCUUUGUAGCUCAACUAGUACAACUUUCAACCACCUGCUCUCUUUUUCUCUCUUUCCAUCUGCUCAGCUUGCUCUACUACAACUAUCAAGAACCUCUCUUUAUUUCUGCUAGUAGCUCUACUACAACUAUCAAGAACCUCUCUUUAUUUCUGCUAGCUCUUUGUAGCUCAACUACUACAACUAAUAUCAACCACCUUUCCAUCUGCAGCUCUACUACAACUAGUAUCCAGAACCUCUCAUUCUCUAUGACACCAGGGUGAACCAACUUUCAAGAACCUCUCUCUAUGACACCAGGGUGAACGGCGGUCCUGGGAUAUCGGCAAAGACGAAAAAACAGAACGAAGAAAUUGUCAAGUCAGAGGUUGAGUCAUUUUUGAACAGUGCGUCAAUAACAGAGACGAAUCUGAAGAAAUUGGACAAGAAAAUACGGAGCAGGACAGGUGCAGCUAAUUUUUCCAGAUGUUGAUCAGUAGAAAAAGCUAAUUUUGGUUUUUCCAGAUGAUAGAUCAGAGAGAGAAAUUGCCUUCUAUUAUUUUUACUUUCAUCUCGACAUCGAAGUGAAAGAAGAAGAACAGCUGAGCAGUGACAAUGGGAAAGUAUGUUGAGUUGUGUAACUCGUUUUGUUCUACUCAUGACUUCAUUCCUCAAAUAAACCCCUUCCCAAAACAGAUGUAAGACAUACCCCAUGAAUGGGUUUACUACUACUACUACUAGUGCAACAACCAAAUAGAAUGAAGUAUCCUUCUCAACAACAACAGCAACUCCUUCUUCGGGUAGUAAGUUCCUUCUUAAACUACUUCAGGUAGUUCAGCGGCUGACGAGGAUAGCAGAAAAGGCAGCAAUGUUUCUGGAGUUGAGGCGUAUUCAAAUCUCCAAGCGACCAUGAAGUUGGGGUCCGCAGUGUCAGGCAGUGGCGUCGGUGGUGCAGAGAAGGAGGAAAGCUCACUGUACUUGGUUUUUUUGCUAAAAUAUUUAGAACUUCUGAGAGUCUAAUUUGUUCUUCCCGAAGAAUUCUCCCACAGAUGGGACUCAAGCAGCUAACACAGAUGGGACUCAAGGAGCUAAUUAACAAAGUUGUCAAUGUCAUGGUCAUGGAAAGAAAAUACUAUAAGAAUUCAUUGGACCACCAAACUACAUUUCGAUCACAAGAGUCUCUACUUACCAUAGAACAACCACUACCACAACCACCAACGAAUUACCACAUCUAAAACAGUGUCGCAGAUUGGCGAGUUCUUGACGAUUAUGCCCUUUUUCUGGAAGGAAAGAGUCAACUCGAUUUUAGACUUAGAAAAGUCGAGUCAGGUGCCAAGGUCCGCUCCGCGCUAGGCAAACAAGUGAAAGAGCUGAAGGACAUGAAACAAGGGGAUAAAGAUGUUAUGAUUAUCAGGAAAGAGAUGAUUGUGUGAUGAUACAUCGGGGACGAACAAGAAUCGUUCCUACUAGUACGCGAACCCAAUUAGCGAUCGUAGCUUUUGAAAUUGGUAGAAGUAACUGAGUCCUCACAUUCAUGUGAAAAUCAGAGUUGUACUCAGUCAACAACACGCCACAGACUCUUUCCGCAAUACGACUAACUCUAAGCGUCUUUCGUUAUCGUCGUGUUCACCAACUAGAACUACAGAUGUUAACCCACCUUACCUCCAAAUUUAUUAGUACCAAAAUACCAUCAAAAUUCUAGUUAAAAGAAGUAAAUUUCAAGUCUGAUGGUGUGAAAAGUGAAUCCUUCCGACCCCAGCUCUAACCCAGCAGAUCGGAGAUGGUAUGCUAGGGCACUUGCGGAUGUCGAACUCUAUGAGAAAGAGGAGCGGGACAAAGCAAAUGAGGUACUUCUACUUUAUUUAUUACAGCCGGACCGUCUUCAGGAAGGUCCCCUGCGCGCUCGCAUCGACGUCCGUAGUGCCUGGUGGUAGGUGCGCUGCGUGCGCGGAACACGUGCGGCGGUAGGGUCUGGGUCCGUCGUGCGCGAACAUCAUAAUAUUGAUAAUGUUGACUAUUACAGCCUGGCAUCAUGGUCAUAGAUAUGCAUCCAUCUUCGUGCCACCCAUGCAUGGAAUAACAAUAAUCUUUUCUAUAUCUUCCUCUGGUCUGUCUUUUUUCUAGUUAGGUCGGCUCCACCACAAAUAAUACUUCUUUUUAUCCUCGUAGUGCCGCCGUGAAAUAAGUACUUAAAUUUCCACUAAAACCUUGAUACAACAGAUGAAGCGAUUAGCCAUGCUGGAGAAACAGAUGCGGGAUGAACAACUCUUAGACGAGGACAGGCAACGGCAAGAGCAAAAGAAAAUAGACGCGUUGGAGGAUCGGUUGACUAAGUUAUGACCACUCUGAUCUGAAACAAUAUUAAAAAUGGAGUUGAUUCGAUGUAGAUAAUAUUUUUCUAAGAAAUCUUAGAGACAAAUCCAGAGAGAAGAAGAGAAGAUGAACAAGACCCUUAUACGAUUACUAGCGUUAUACAUUAGUCUUAUGGCAGCGGCAUCCUAUCCUAUCCUAUAACUUAGUAAUAGUGAUAGAACUACAACUACUAGCGUGUAGUUGAUUCGAUGUAGAUAAUGUUUUUCUAAGAAAAAAGCGAGUGCAGGACGAAAUCCAGAGGGAAGAAGAGAAGAUGAACAAGAUCCGACAGCAGCAGAAGGACCACCAAGCAAAUGUGCAAGCAGAAAACGUCAAAGACCAAGAACGAAGAAGGGUCGAGAAGUUGAGGCAAGUUGGUACUGAUCAUAAUGCUUCGACUACUUAAGUACUUAAUAUCUUCUGGAUGCAACUACCUACAUGAUGAUGUUGAUGCAUGUUGAGAGGGCUGAUGUGUUAGUGAGGUGUCGUUCCUGAUCUUCUUCGAGCUUCCGGGAUACAACUACUUACUUAAUAUCUUCUGGACGACCACUGCGUUUUCAAAUCUUCUUCAAUUUUCAUCCGACAACUACAACUUACGUAUCUUCUGGACCACUGCGUGUUCAAAUCUUCUUCAAUUUUCAUUCGAUAUCGAUUUCAAUUCUAAUAAAUCCUUUUCAUCCUUGUUUUCUACUUCACCGUCAACAAUAUCAACAGAGCAAGACAAGCUUCUUAUGGAGCGAUACAACGCUGCCGCUGACGAAGUAGAGCGAAAACGACAAGAAGAAAAGGACGCACGUGUAGCACGAAAUGACGCGGCUAUGGCUAGGGUACUACAUCUAAAUGCAUCAAAAUAUGGUAGUAGCACGAAAUGGCGCGGCUAUGGCUAGGGUAUAGAUGCUUCUUGCUUGCUUUGCGUAGGCUGCGAUUUACGUUCUUUUUAUACUAAAAACACUUGUAAGUAGGUCUAGGUGUACGUAAAAAUUCAUGAUGCAAGAAUCAGGAUUUAAUAGAAGUCUUCACAGCUUUGAUGUUUAAGUUUAUGGCACUACAAUUUCUCCACCUCCACUCUACAGAUGGCAUCGACCGUAACGGCAGCUCAAGAUGCGGCGGUAGCUGAGGCCGACCGCCGUGCGGAGGCGCAUGCGAAGCGCUCGAAUGAGAUGGCUGCACAGGCAGCUGCGGAUAAUUAUGCUUCUUUGUCAUCUAUUUACAGUAACAUGUGGAAGAUAGUUCUUACUACUUCUUGUAACAUCUUCAUGGAGUCUUAAGUAGAAGUAACAGUUGUAUUAAGUGGUUCUUGUAAUACUUACAGUAUCAACAUAAUCCUUUCUUGGUAGCGAUCCUGUUCCUUUGCGUACUUGUUUCAUCUCCAUCUUCUUGUUGCUGGGAAAAACGCAAGAUCUUCCAAACUUUUUCUUCCACUAACUAGCUCUACCAAAAAUUGUGGUUGAUUUUAAUUAGUCUACUAAACGAUGGUACGAAAAAGCUUUUUGUCGUCAGGGAAAUCUUAGGCAUAUCGCCGAGUAGAUUCACACCCUCGUCAGCUUUUCCAGUUACUCUUAGUAAAGAAAGAUCCUUUGCGUACUUGUUUCAUCUCCAUCUACUUGUUGCUGGGAAAGACGCAUGAACUUCGUAGCUUUUUUUUUUGGGAAAGGCAUGAGCAUCAAACUUUUUCAAAGAAAGACCCCAACCGGCACCCCUUCUAAGUCCAAGAAGCUCGCCUACGGAAAAUGCGGCUCGAAACACGGGAAGUGCAUAUGAAGCAGAUGGCUGAGAGGAUUGAUGAAAAGCAGAGAUUGAAGGAUGAGGCUAGGAGACAGGUGAGAAGGAGAUGAACUAAUAUUAGUAGGAGAACGAAUAGAAGUAGGACUUGUACAUCUAUUAAGGGUAGGUUAAAGGUGCUUUUCUUACCGCUUUUUAUGCGUUUCCUAAGGGAGAAAGGCAUAAAAAGCGGGGUAAGCAAGCACCAAAAACCUGCCUCUAAAUCUACUUGCACCUUCGUAAUAUCUUGCUUAUGUAGUAAUACUUGCAUCUUCGUAUUAACUAAUAUAUUGCUUAUGAUUAUGCUUGUUUGUUAAAUUUUCAUGAUCUCCGAAUGUAGUUCAUGUUGCGAGUGAAGGAUAUAAACGGCGCAGACUUCUUGUAGCUCAAGAAUAUCUUCAUAUAGCUGCUCCAACUUCAACUUCAAAAUAUUCUCUCCAUAUCCUACAGCUUCUGCAAACGAUAGAGGAUGAGAAGAAAUAUAACGCGAAAGAAACGGAGAAAAAAAUGGGAUUGAAAAAACGGGAGCUGGCGAAUCAGGACGAACUGAAUAGAAUGAUGGCUGAGAAGGGAGACCGGUUGAAAGAGGUAUAAGUAACUAGUUUAAGUAAUAUAAGUCACUAGUAAGUAAUAGGUAACUAGUUUAAGUAGAGGAAGAGGAAGUCAGUAAGUAAUAACUAAUAAGCAACUAGUUUAAGUACUACUUCUCCGUAGCGGGUAGAAGUCGUCAGGGAAAUCUUAGGCAUAUCGCUUACCUCAACAUUACUCUACAUCCAGGUCGAGAUGUCCGCAACCGAGAAGAAGAUGAAUAAGGAAUUGUUGAAGCAGGUGAACUCUCAACUUAGAGCAGCUGGCAUGGAGCCGAAGAAAGUUGGGAGCCCAGUCAAGAAAAAGGUGGAUCCUGAGGUUGCCAUUCGGUUUGGCUUGAAGUUGCCGGAAGAUGCGUAGGCAGGAUAAAUUAACAUCUGCUCUUUUAUACCCCUUGACUGGGUACACUACUAUUACUGUAUUAGGAAACCAACGUAUGAAUUGAAAUGUCGACCGAGUUUUUCGAAGGUGUCGUGGGUGUCUAUCCUCAAAAAUAAUCGCGUUGUUAACCUUCCCUCAUCCAAGCAAUGUACUAUGAACAAUUAGAAAUGACAAGAAAAAUAGGAUUUGUUAGCAUGCGGCAAAGCAUAAUAACGAAUAGACACGAACCUUAUCCUACUUCAACUGUAAUAUGCAGAGCACGCAGCAUAAGCAUUAUCCGACCAAUGAAUGAUAUCCGACAAAUCAUCUUCUUCACUUGAAAUAGACUUUGAUGUUGCAGGUUGGGGUGAGACCACGAUAUUCAGACCGUAAGAUAAUUUGAUACGAAACCUGCAGAAUCUGAUCCAAUGUCAAGAUAAUAGUACUUCUUGUUUUUAGUGUAAAUAACUGCUUCUACCGCAUUCGCAUGAUCAGAGAGCGACAAGAAAAACCAAUGAUUAGUCAAUCUAUCCACUUCCUCGUCAACAUGCUCCUCAAGCACAGGAUCAGCAAUUACGGACAGUGCUGAACAACUUUCAACACAUACAGUUACAACACGGCCCUGGUGCUGAAAGAGGCAAAAUGAACUAGAACUUGAUGACAACCACGACUUGUGGAUCCCCUUCAUGGCUGGGC